AUUUUAGUCAAUUUAUUGUCACUUGUCAGUGCUUGACUGCUUGAAUUAUUUUCUUUGACUGAAAUUUUGUCAGUCAUCAAAAACAUUCCAUUUGUUCAUUGUAAUUUUUAAAAUUGUUAUAUUUUCUUCAGACAACAAUGGAAUUCAGAUUUAAUCUCAAUGAAUUUUUAAGAGGUGACAUAUCAAAGAUUAAUAAAAAUCUUUUACCAGAUAGUUUCAACGGUGACAGAAGGGCUGCGGCGAAAUGUAUUGGUUAUGUGUCCGAAAUAAUGGAUACGAUGGGACUAGCAUCUGCCAAAGCACAAGCACUUUUAAAACCCAUCACAAGUGCAGAGAAAUUAAGAAAUUCCAACUAUGACGUUUAUCUGCUAGCAGAUCUGGAAUCAAACAAUGGUAAAGGAACAGUUGUUGGACUUUUGAAAGUGGGCCGGAAAAAUCUGUACAUGUUUGAUGAGACGGGCAUGACACAUGAAAGAAAAGCUCUCUGCAUUCUGGACUUCUACGUGUACGAGUCGAGUCAACGUAAAGGAUACGGAAAACGACUAUUUGAACAUAUGCUUCAUGAGGAGAAUGUGUUGCCCCAUGAAAUGGCAAUUGAUAAGCCGUCUGAAAAGUUCCUAGCUUUCCUGUUCAAGCACUACGGUCUUCAAAAUAUCAUUCCUCAGUCAAAUAAUUUUGUCAUCUACGAGGGAUUCUUUGACUACCUCAAAUCAGAUGUUGCUAAUGGUACAAAAGGUGCAGCCUCCAAACAGUCUGGAAACGAUAAUUAUGAGUCCGAAGCACAACAUUCAUUCAUGAAUCACCAGGACUCGAUUAUGCCUGACGAGUACGGACAGUCAAAGUACGGCAGACAUGCAGCCUACAAGCCUGUAUCAACUAUUGGACAGAUAGUCCAGUCAUCUGCAAAUAUUGAAAUACCAAAAAACGGAUCAUGAGCACGAGCCUGCAACAAGAGGUGCCGCCGAGUGAUUACACACUCAACGAGUCCUACGACACGUUCUCGUCGCAGAGCACGCAGUGUGAUGUGGACAACGCUCGCUACGAUCUCAAAUACAACCAUUCUACUCUUUGGUAGUGUUGAGCACAUCACUUUCAUGUUUUUUAUCAAUUAUUCUAACCUCAAACCACCAACUUCAUAAGUUAUUAACAGUUUUGUUCCUUAAUUUUUCUUAUGAUGAAGAAAAUAUUAAUUGCCUCUUCGAAACCUUCAGCUAAUUUUUCGUUUGCAUUUUAACGUUUGACUCCCAAACUUUUUCUUAGCUAUGUAAUUUUGUCGAAAAUUUGUACAUGAAAUUCAGUUUAUACUUUUGAAAAUCAAAUAAGUUUCUAUUGUCUGCAUUUAAAACUUGUAAAUUUAACUAUUAUUUCGAUUUAAGCAUUUCCAAUUCGCAUUCAAGAUUGGACCUGUUUCAUUUAUGUUUGCUUUUAUACUUUGACAAAAUCUUAUUAGUAAGUAUUUUAUGGAUUUGAAAAUUUCCAAAUCACAUUAAAGAUUGGAACUAUUUCGUUUAUGUUUGCAUUAUUGUUUAUGUUGUCAAAAUCGUAUUAGCGAUAGCUGUUAUUAAUUUUUGAAUUAAUCUUUAAUUUGAAAUUAUUAUUGAUAUUCAUGUUUGAAAUUGACGAUUUAGUAAAUUAUGAAGUUCUUGCGAUCAAAUUUAGGAAUUUUUGCAUUAUCAAUUUCUAAUUUAGAUGAUGACCGUAAAUCUAAAAUCCCACACCAAAUUAAUGUCAUAUAUUUUAUUUUUGUUUUAAACUGUUCAUUAAAAACCAAUUCAAAUAUUGCACCGUGUUUAAAACUGUAAUUUUUGUGUAUUGUUCUUAAUUCGUGUAUUAUUCGUGUAAUUUGUGUAUUAUUCUCUCAUUAGACGUGCAUUUUAUUAUAGUAUUGUUGGUUCACUAACGAAAAAUGAUGAUGUUAAUAAUUAUUGUAUAAUAAUCGGUGAUUUACGGUACAAUAAUAAUAUAUCCUCUAAAUUAAUUACGAUUCAUCAUAUUGAAUUUCCAAGAUAAAGUUAUUGAACGAUUACGAUUACAUAGGAGAAAAGCAAGAUAUGUGUCAAUCGAACACUAGGCCUACAUAUUCUCAAUUUUUAUUAUAUUUUGAAUACGAUUUGAAUCUAUUCUGAUCUUGUUAGUACUUAAUAAUAAUCUAAUUAUGAUAAUGUGAGUUGUAUUAUAUCCACCCACUUUUUAAAUUACAAUAAUUUUCGCACAUAGAAAAUAAGUUGUUGAAGUUGAUUCACAAAUUUUAUAGAUCUGUUGGAAUUUUAUAGAAUUUGUAAUGAAGUCGAAAAUUGAUUGAAAUACAAGCCUACACAAUAAAUUGUCCUAGAAUUUAUCCAAGCCUAGAAAUAGUUGUCAGUUUUUAUAAUUUACGCUUAUGCAAACAAGUAUAGAAUUAUCUUUAUACAAUAAUGUGUAAUGUGCCUUUAUAUAUUUGUAAUAUUCAUGAGGUUGUAUGAUUUUAAAAUAUUAUGCUCUCUUUGUACUGUAUUCAAGGAAAGAUUUGUGAUAACAUAUUUGAACAAGUUUAUUUUUACAAGUGAAUUAAAAUAGGAUGUUUAUUGAAUAUCAGGUUGAAAUUAUAUUCUAUUGUGAGGUUAUCAGAUAUUGUAUUGUUUCAGUUUCAUGUUACUGAACUCGGGUAUGUUAGUUCCAGAUAUCUAUUAAAAAUGUAUUAUAUUUACGGUUGUAAUUUGAAUUUAAUUUCAAUAAGGCAUAGAUAAAGGAGAGAUAAGAUUCAUCAUAGGCAAACUAUUCUUUGAUUGAUUAGAAUUUAAUAAGAUUCAUCUAUUUUCUGUUUGUAUCUGAACUGAUCAAAUAUAUAUCUUGUUAUUUGUAGGACAUCUUUUAUACAACUAUUAAGUUCAUUAUUUUUUAAUUUGUUCAAAAUUAAAUUAUACAACUUUCACGUACAUUAUUUAUAUGAUAGAUUAUGUACUUUUAUGAUACGUCUUAUACCAUCUUCAAUCAUAAUUCCGUUGUUGUAAUUAGCAUCAAAUAACUUGAUGUGUUAAUAAAUUUUUAGUUCAUAUUUUUCUAAUGUUAGACUUUACACCAGUCAACUGUUCAUUCCAUUUUACUCUAUUUUCAAUUUUAUCUUCUUUCAUUUGUGAUUUAUCAUUAUUAGAUCAAUUCAGGUAUUUUAUAUUGAGCGUUAAGGUUUGACACUUUAAUCGAAAUCCAUUUACUUUGUAAUGAAUUCUCUCAAAUUGUAUUUUAAUCUCAGGAAUUAUAAUAGAUACACAUAUACGUUUCCCCCGCAGGUUUUUCAAAUCUCGAUGUACUGGACUAUAUAUGUUUUCCAUAAGAGAUAUGGAUUAUCUAUCCUAUAUUUUCAAGUAGAAUUCUAAGGGAUUUUAGUUUACGCCUCCUGGCAAUUAGAAUGGUUUUAAGUGAUUUUAGAAUGGUUUUUACGAGAUUGACUAAUCGUAUGUGAUAGAUAGGAUGUGUAAUUUCAAGUAUUUUCCAUUGUGAUAGAGAUAACGUUAGAAAAGACAGAGCUAUACAAAGACAACCCUUAUCGCUUGUGAUUGAUGAUUGACCGUUUUUCUAAACCUUAUUUUACAUAACACGUCUACUUGUUUCUUAAUGUGAUUUUAGAAUUUUUGCCACCUCCUGAUUUCUAAUCAUUAUGAUAAAGUAUUAUUAAAAUAAUAAAAUCGAUGAAAAUUUCUGCUGCUAUUUUCAUUGGUAGUAUAAUAGUUUCAAUAUAAUAGUGCUGCUUAAUUUUUUUCAAAAUUGUUAACGGUUUUGUACAAAAAUUAAUAGCUCAUUGUCUGUUUAGCUUUAAUUUGCGUUGUCAAUACUACAACUUCUAUCUGUAACUUGAAAGCUUCAAUCAUAACAAAGUUUCACAGAAAACACCCAGAAGAAGAUGGAAUUGAAUUUUUCAAAUCUGAUUUCUUUAAAAAAACAUUGUCAAGAAAAAAUAGAAUAUUCAUGCAAUCUUUUAGAAAUGUCUUCUUUGUUAAAUGUUCUUAAGUUAGUGUUCUUCAGUCAAAUAAACAGACGUUGCAUUUGCUAAUUGGAGGUUACUUUCUUGUUAAUAUAUUACAGCUCUUUUCAGCGUGUCUCUUGAUUUAACUAAUAAAAAUUAAUCUAUGCUUUGAUUGUUCUCUUACUAACAUAACAUUUUUAAUCGUGAACUAAUACUUGGGAAUGUUGAUAAUUUGGUCUUUUCUGUGCUAUUACAUACUAAACAUACAACAUACGUAAUGUUCUUUAUAUGCUUUUACUGUUUCAAAUAUUCAGUUUAUCAUUCUAGUAAACUUGAAAAGAUGUAAUCUGCUUAUAUGUAUUUUUUCAAUUUUUCGAACUGUUAUUAUUUAAUUAAACAAUAUCAAUUAUCACUUGCCACCUCUAUUAUAAGUAGCUAGUUUAUUAUUAUUCAUUUAUUUUACAAUUAUUUUUGAAUCAAUUUACGAAAGCUUUAAUUAAGAAUCCUACUCCAUCGAAUCUGAUUACUAAUUUUAAUUUUGUAUCCCAUGAAUUGUAUUUAUUUUGUUAAUGUGAAUGAAUUCUAAUCUAUCUAAGCCAAAGACUUAUGUUUAACUUCAUUUGUAUAUUUAUUGUUUAAUUUUAUUUUUGGAUGUCUUUUAAGUUUACUUCUUUAUUAUUUAUCAUAAGCACUAAUAGUUUUAACAAUAGUUGUAUCGCACUAAUCGAUACUAAUUUAAAAAGUUACUAAGUUUUGGCAAAUAAGUUAUUGGAAUAAUGUACUACAUAAUCUACUACACAGGAACUCUCAACUAAAAUUAAACGUCUUUGUAAAUUAUUCAAUAUACUAAACCUUAAUUCCACAUGAUAGAUGGUGGUUGUAGUAAUAUGGGGCAUACUUUAGACUCUAGACAAACAACUAAACCUUUAACAAUAAACUUGAUAAGUCCUAUGGUAGCUUCAUAUUAUUUAGAAAAUCUACAAAUCGAAAAUAUUCAAUCAAUAAUCACUAUUAAAGCUAUCGAGUUCCAAAUAACUGCUAUAAAUUCAUGGAAACAAUUUUGUUUCAUGUUUGGACACAGGUUUGUCCAAAAAUGUUGAUCAUUUACUUGAUGUUUUAUGUUAUUUAAGAAUAAUUAGCCCUUCAUUUUCCUUUAGAGAUUUCUCACUAUAAAUUGAGCUUCUAACCAAGAUACUUCUUUUCCACGUUUUUUUCAACGUU